AUGGGAGUCACCCGCGACAUCGUCCGUGGCGCCUCGCCACAGCUCAGCGUGGACGCACUAGCCUCACCCAAACAGCCACUGGCUGACACGGAGCCGUGUGAGACAGCCAACACAUCGCCGCCGCAGAACCUCACCGAGAAAUCGCAAACAAUCGUCGCGUAUGUGAAAGAGUGGGAACAACUUGUUGCCAGAAAUCGCUUUGAGGAAUCUGAAAUGCUCCUCCGCCACCGCGAGCAAGAGGCUCGGUUUUUCCUCCAACUCAGUUGCCCUCGCCCAGGUCCUCGCAGUGAAACAGUUUCCCCUCAGCCCGCGUCCGAAGAGCAUUCUGUGAAUCCGUCGUUUGGAAACUCAACUGGAGAGACCAUUAUCGUCGACCUUGGUUCAGAAAGCGAGGACGAGCAUGAGGAGCCUACUGGGGAGGAGACCAGCGUCAUGGCUGAGAACACGCCACAGAGCAAGCAACCUAUCAAGAACAACAACCAAGAUAGCAUCAACACAAAUGCCUCUUUCGCCGAGGAAUCCUACUACACUCGCCGUCCACGACACGAGGGGGGAUGGUGGUCCGUGUCCGAACAAACGUGGAAAAUCUUGUCCCAUGCGGAGAAGCAAAAAGCAUCAGAUAUAGGGUGGGCUAUGGAGACAGAUGCAGGAAUGAAUCCGGCUUUCCCAUGCACCCACUGCAGGCAGCUGGGGCUGGAAUGCCGUAUAAGCGCACAGCCAGCCGUUCUUCUCAACGGCUCGACGCGUCAACGCUGCUGCACAUAUUGUUUCGCCAACGCCUUGAGGUGUUAUCUACUGGACUCUCCCGAUCAGGAAGACACUACGUCUGUCUUGCCUGCUAUACAGAUAUCAGAUGCCCGCGCCAAGCUCAAGCGCGCUCGGGUCUCCAGCCCGGUGUCGCAACCGGCGGACGUGAAGGAAGAGGAGGAUUCCACCGAAAACACGCGCACCUCGGUCGACCAGGGUCCUGUGCGCGGCUCCACGGCGGUUGCGCACUCUCGUUCCUCCAACUCCAAGAAGCUUCGGAGGAUCUCCAUUGACUUGUCGGGGGACUAG